GCUGCCGUCGCCGGUCCGGGCUCUUCCAGUGAUACAGCAGUUCAUCCACUUUUCUUCACUCCACCGUCAGCUAGCUGUCUGUCUCUCCGGUUGCUCUCAAAGAUGGCGAACGUGUUGCUGGAGUUUAAGGCUUCUGCCGGUGACUCCGAGCCACACAGCCGCCCUGUGCUGAUCAUCGGACAGCAGAGCAACCUGCAGAAAGUCACCUGGAGCCAAAUCAAAGGGAAACUGCAGCCGGUCGUUAGCAAAGAGAUAUGGCAGGCAGCUCUCAGUGCUUUGAACCCAAACCCCACAGACAGCUGCCCUCUGUACCUCAACCAGGCUGCGGUGGCUGCACUACCUUCACGGGUCAGCAGGCACAACAGCCAGUCAUCUGCCCACUUUGUGUCCCGUUUGGUCCGUUCCUGCCUGCCUGGAGGGAACAACCGCUGCAUUGUGAUGGUGUGUGAGCAUUCAGAUGUGUUUGCAUCCUCCUGUGCCAUUGCCAGAGCCUUCCCCAUUUUCUCUCGGCGCUCCACAUCUUCACGCAGGGCUGAGAAGAAACAAGUUGCUGUGGAGUUUUUGAUUGUUGGGCAAGAGAACAGUACUCUAGAUGCUCAAGAGCUUGAGUGUCUCGCCAACGCUGCUCAUGGAGUGCGGAUGGCAGCUCGGAUUGUGGAUACACCUUGCAAUGAGAUGAAUACAGAUCACUUCUUAGAUGAGAUCAGGGCUGUGGGAACUGAACUUGGAAUAACUCCAGUGAUCAUUCGUGGAGAGGAGCUGAAACAACGAGGGUUUGGAGGUAUUUAUGGAGUCGGCAAAGCAGCUGAGCACCCCCCUGCGUUAGCGGUCCUGAGCCACACACCCGAGGGUGCAACCCAAACCAUUGCAUGGGUGGGCAAGGGCAUCGUGUAUGAUACUGGAGGACUCAGCAUCAAGGGAAAGACCACAAUGCCGGGGAUGAAGAGGGACUGUGGUGGAGCUGCUGCCAUUUUGGGAGCUUACAGAGCUACCAUUAAACAGGGCUUUAAGGAUAACCUCCAUGCAGUGUUUUGUCUCGCAGAGAAUUCAGUUGGACCCACAGCCACACGACCUGAUGAUAUCCACACUCUCUACUCUGGAAAGACAGUGGAGAUCAAUAACACUGAUGCAGAGGGCAGGCUGGUGCUGGCUGAUGGAGUGGUGUAUGCCAGUAAAGACCUGUCAGCUGAUAUUGUUCUGGACAUGGCCACACUGACGGGGGCACAGGGGAUCUCCACUGGGAAGUACCAUGCAGCUGUGAUGACUAACAGCGAAGAGUGGGAGAUGGCGUGUGUGCGUGCUGGCCGCAGCAGCGGAGAUCUCGCUCACCCUCUGGUCUACUGCCCCGAGCUGCACUUCAGCGAGUUCACCUCUGCAAUGGCUGACAUGAAGAAUUCUGUGGCAGACCGGGAGAAUGCCCAGAGCUCCUGUGCCGGCCUCUUUAUUGCAUCCCACUUGGGCUUUGAUUGGCCUGGUGUGUGGGUCCAUGUUGAUAUCGCCUCUCCUGUCCAUGCUGGGGAGCGUGCUACAGGAUUUGGUGUUGCUUUGCUGAUGGCCCUGUUUGGUCAGGCAUCAGAUGACACCAUGCUGAACCAAGUGUCUCCUCUGGGUGCCAUCACCAACAUGUCUGAAGACCAGAUGGAGCGUGACUGCAAGAGACGAAGACUUGUGUAGAACACAACAGUUUAGUCCCCGCCCCUGAUCAUUGCCUCAACACACACACACACACACACACACACACACACACACACACACACACACACACACACACACACACACACACACACACUGUUAAAGAAAGUGCUCUUCAAGUCAGAGUUAAAACAGAGUUAAUCGUCAGUAAAUCAGGUGUGAUAAAGUAUGCUAAAGUGCAGGCCCUCAUGACUCGGCACUGGCUGCACUGCUCACCUCAGUAGCUUCAUGUUGUUGUUUUUUUGUAAUUUGCUUUUGAUGAAGAUGCAUUGAUUAUUAUAAAAUCUGGAAAAAGCAGGUGGUUCAUCAUGCCAUUAAUUAACUAGCUUUUUGUUUCAGCAGCAUUCUCUGUAAAUGUUCGUAUUUUACACUUGAUGACAGUUAAGAUUUUUACCUCAUAAAACCCUGUGUUCAAAUAUCCACCUCAUCCGCAGGCAUCGUUGUACAUUGAUGCUUAUAUGCAAAUCAAAAAUUAUAGCAUACAUGUUGUCUUUGGGAAAAAUACUGUAACGGGAUCUAUAAAGAAAACCUGUAAAGAAAACAAAGUUCUAGUUUUUGUGUUGCAGUGUAUGUGAAUCACAUCAGUUGACAGAUAGUUAACAUGGACCCAACCUGUCCAUCUCCUUGUGUACAGUUGGACCUUGUGAUCUCUGGACCAAACUGAGGAGUGAGCGCUUACUGUGGUUCUCUAACAGUUUCACAAUGGUGUCACAUGACAAAUUGACAGGCGAUGCCACAUGUACUUUGUCUGCACAAAAUUUACAUUCAAGAUGUUUAAGUGUGAGCUCAAACGUUAGAUGGAUUACAGCAUUUUGUUGUUUUUUUCACCCUUGUGACAAUCAUGUUGUCCUUCAAUAAAGGCGGUGCCAUCUGA